GUGCUGUGGACUCAGUGUGGUAUACAGGGCUAGUGUAGUGCUGGGUGUGGAGCGGUCAGUGUGCUGUGGACUCAGUGUUGUUUUACUAGUGAGGAUGUUGCUGACUUUCUAUCUUCUCUUCAUUGGGCUUCAUGUCUCUGAAGGCUGCACUCUGGAAAACAGAGGAGAAGUACUGAAUAUAGCAGCUCAUGCAGGAGGGUCAGUACUGCUGCCCUGCUACUGCACUGACCAACACACCACACCUGAGGAAUUCAGCUGGAAGAAAGACAACAAAGACACAUGGGAAGAGAUAUCCAGUGAGAGUGGUCAGUACAGAGCCAGAGUUCAGCUGGUUAAUGGUCACUCUCCAGGAAACGUCUCUCUACUCAUAUCACACCUGACUGAAGAGGAUGGAGGAGAUUAUCAGUGCUCUGUUGAAGGUGCUCAUUUAAUCAUCAGACUGACUGUAAAAGGCUGCCGUCUGCAAAACAGAGGAGAAGUACUGAGUAUCACAGCUCAUACAGGAGGGUCAGUACUGCUGCCCUGCUACUGCACUGACGUACACACCAAAGUUAAGACAUUCCGCUGGAAGAAACAAAACAGAUCCACACACAAACAAGAAGAGGUAUCCAGUGAGAGUGGUCAGUACAGAGACAGAGUUCAGAUGUUUAAUGGUCACUCUCCAGGAAAUCUCUCUCUACUCAUAUCCCACCUGACUGAAGAGGAUGGGGGAGAUUAUAUCUGUGCUGUUAAAGGUUCACGUUUAACCAUCAAACUGACUGUAAAAGGCUGCCGUCUGCAAAACAGAGGAGAAGUACUGAGUAUCACAGCUCAUACAGGAGGGUCAGCUCUGCUGCCCUGCUACUGCACUGACCUUCACACCAAAGUUAAGACAUUCCGCUGGAAGAAACAAAACAGAUCCACACACAAACAAGAAGAGGUAUCCAGUGAGAGUGGUCAGUACAGAGACAGAGUUCAGCUGUUUAAUGGUCACUCUCCAGGAAAUCUCUCUCUACUCAUAUCCCACCUGACUGAAGAGGAUGGGGGAGAUUAUAUCUGUGCUGUUAAAGGUUCACGUUUAACCAUCAAACUGACUGUAAAAGGUUAUUCCAUUCAUUUCUUCAUCUUUAUUCCUGUCCUUCUUUUCCUGUUGGGACUUGGAGGAGUCAUCUACUGGAGAUGCAGAGGACAGAGAAGAGGACAGACAGAGAGCGGAGAGCAAAGAAGGAUGAAGAAAAAGCAGAAAACACAGGAUGAAGUGACAUACUCUACUGUCGUCCACAGUAACACAACUAGAACAACCACAGUCACCCUCAUCGGAGAAAAGACAGAAUACGCCACCAUCAGAGUGAACUAG